GGGAGAACAAGCGAAUGAGAGAGGAGGCUGGUGAGCAGCGCCUUCCACUGUUCCUACGGAUUGUACUUCAACUGGAGUUUGCGGUUUGGCAGGUUUAAAUAUAUCAAAACGGAACAAAGAGAAAGACUUCUCACUGCUAUAAAAGAAGAGAGAGAAAGAAUAAAGCGAAGGAGAAAUCUGACUGAAUUACAAAAGGACUUCGCCGAUGUUUUUUAUCAUCCAAAGGGAACAUAAACUGGGACUCGGUGGACAAUUUGCAAGCCUUUUUUCUUGACCACCAAAACUUUGUUUGAGACGAUCCUUUUUCCAAUUCAUAAUUGAAAAUUUAAUGUCCACAUUUUCACCCGCCAAACUUUGGACACGGACCGCACAUGUUUUAAAAGGACUUUUGAAAAGCGGGACUUUGAAUUCGUCCAUCUCCACGCACAGCUGCCCAAAUGCUGUAAAUGCACGCGGAUUUUAUUCAGUUUUCCCAAAACGUCUACUUGGCGUUUUUACGCACGUAUUGUGUGUGGCAAGACAUACUUUUAGAAGUUUGAAUAAUUCAUGAGCUAUAAUUUGCCCACACGAAAGAAGUGACUGAAGAAAGGGAGGGGGCGAACCACCAUCAUAUUCAUAAGGCUUGACGGAAUGGCCACCGCGGCUUCCAAUCCGUAUCUGGGCAGCAAUAGCAUCCUAUCGUCGGGCUCCAUCGUGCACUCUGACUCGGGAGGCGGCGGCAUGCAGCCGGGAAGUGCUGCUGUUACCUCGGGCUCUGGGGGCUACAGAGGAGACCCCUCGAUCAAGAUGGUGCAAAGUGACUUUAUGCAAGGCGCAAUGGCAGCGAGCAACGGGGGACACAUGCUGAGCCAUGCCCACCAGUGGGUGACCUCUCUCCCGCAUGCCGCCGCCGCAGCAGCGGCCGCCGCGGUGGCCGCCGCCGAAGCCGGCUCCCCCUGGUCGUCGAGCCCGGUCGGCAUGAGCGCCAGUCCGCAGCAGCAAGACGUGAAAAACUCGGCCAGAGACGACCUGCACACCGGCACCGCGCUGCACCACCGGCCGCCGGUGCCGCCUCACUUAGCGGCCCACCAGACUCAUGCCGGGGCUUGGGGCAGCAGCACCGCGGCGCACAUUAACUCCAUAUCGGGUGGGCAGCAGCAGCAACAGCAGCAGUCGCUCAUCUACUCUCAGCCGGGGGGCUUCACUGUGAAUGGCAUGCUCAGCCCCGGGAGCCAAAGCCUGGUGCACCCGGGCUUGGUGAGGGGCGACACCCCGGAUCUGGACCACGGCGCGCACCACCACCACCAUCAUCAGCAUCAUCCGCACCACCAGCAUCACGGCGGCGUCAACAGCCACGACCCGCACUCGGACGACGACACGCCGACCUCGGACGACUUGGAGCAGUUUGCCAAGCAGUUCAAGCAGCGGAGGAUCAAGCUGGGCUUCACGCAGGCGGACGUGGGCCUGGCGCUGGGCACCCUCUACGGCAACGUCUUCUCGCAGACGACCAUCUGCAGGUUCGAGGCCCUGCAGCUCAGUUUCAAAAACAUGUGUAAGCUCAAGCCGCUGCUGAACAAGUGGCUGGAGGAGGCCGACUCUUCCACCGGCAGCCCCACCAGCAUCGACAAGAUCGCCGCGCAGGGGAGGAAGAGAAAGAAGCGCACGUCCAUCGAGGUGAGCGUCAAGGGGGCCCUGGAGAGCCACUUCCUCAAGUGUCCCAAGCCCUCGGCCCAGGAAAUCAGCACCCUGGCGGACAACCUGCAGCUGGAGAAGGAGGUGGUCCGAGUGUGGUUUUGCAAUAGGAGACAGAAGGAAAAGCGGAUGACGCCUCCCGGAGUGGCGCAGACGCCGGAGGAUGUGUACUCUCAGGUCGGCAAUGGGCAUUUUUUAGUAGAUUACUUAAAAGAUGCAAGUGAGGCGAGCGACCAGAGGGUGACAACCACAAGUUCAUUCCACCAGGUAAUUUUGGCGCAUUGAGACACAUCAAGAUGCCCCCCCCCCCACAACACACAUCAUACCACCAUUACAAAGUGUUGUUUUGAUGCCCCCCCCUUUCCGUCCCCCUGCGCUCACCCUCCAAAACAACGACCACUGUCCUGUGUGAUGGAGACAAAGGGCCCAGCUUUUUUGUACACAUUUCCACGAGGACUGUCCCGCUUUCAAACCAGUCGAACGACAUCCACCAAGCUUUCGUGUUGUAUUUGUCACCCACAUUCGAAGGAUCAGGGAUUUUUUUCCACGACAAAAAAAAAAAAAAGACCGGAAGUGGACUGCUCCCCAAACUCGUCUGAUCUCAAAGAUCAUUUCUGCUUUGCUGGCAUUUCUUUUUCUUUUUAUUUAAUGGACGUUGUCGUCGUGGUGGAUUCUUCUUUUCUCCGUUUCUAUAUUGCAACAAAAAGAGACAUUCAAUAAAAACUUCAGCUACACUUAUUUGACGAGGGGGAAAAAAAUCUAAAAAUGUUUUGCCAAGGGGGAGUGGGUACUGUGGACAUAUAAUGCUGCCCUUUCUAAGCAGUAGUCUUUGGUAGGUUUUAAUAAACAACUCUGUAAAGCCGGCAAUAUAGAUCACUAGAUCAGAUACUGAUCGUAAUUAUUUACUUUAUAUUUUUCUUCAGAAUGAGUUUUGUUUUAAUAUUUUAUUCGGAAUAUCUAUGAAUUAUUCCAGACAGUAAUUUAUUUCCCCCCUCCCCCAUGGACUUGUGUGAGAUGCUUUCUUGUUAUAUUUUCUCUUUCUUCUUCUUAUUUUUUAUUGUUUGUUUUUUAUUCUGGAGGAGCACAAAUUAUCACAAGCUGCCGUGUUGGUAUAUUUUGAUGUGAUCAUUUGAUUGUAAUUUAAUUUCAGUAGUGGUUCCGUACGAGCUGAUUGAGACACAAUAAAUUUGUUAGAAUGAAAUUGA